AUGGCGUCCACCUCCCACCCAACGCAAACCCACCCCUCCGCCCCUCCCGCCGCCCUCUCAAAAGAAGACUCCACCGCCACCACCACCUCCUCCACCUCCACCGACUUCGAAGUCGCGUCGCCGAUGAAAUUCACCCACACCGGUGACCCGUUGGCCGAUCGACCGAGCGUGCAGGAUGCGGAACCCAAGCUGUCACGACACAUCAGAGCGAUUCCCGAUGAUGGCAACGAGGAGGAUGGGAAAGAGAAGGGAUUGAUGGCGAAGUUGAAGGCGAAACUCCUAGGUUCAAAGGGGAAGGAGCACGCGCAUCACGAAGCUCCGACGAGGACGUCGGAAGAUGUGGAGGUUGUGGGUACGAUGAGUGGGAGUCCGGUUAGGGAUGGAGGAGGGUUGGAGAGGCAUAUUAGUGCUAUUCCGCAGGAUUGA